AAUAAAAAAAUCCAGCAACCCUGCCCUUAACUUUUUUCCCGAACGACGCAGUGAGCGAAUCGACACAGGUCGCUUACAACGCACAUGCCAGAAAAGCAUUAUCGCGCACACACGAUGAACCUACAGAGGCGGGAAUAAGCGGCGCCAGGCAUACACUCGGGAAGGAAAGCCGCUUUAUUUUAAGUGCACGAAAGUGGUGCGCGUUUCACCGAGACGGGGCGUUUCAUCACACAAAGCUCAGGCUCGUCUUGACAAUCUCUCCAGACUUAAAGCUUCUUUGCCGCUUGCAAAACGCGGCAAACAAAAGCGGCGGGCCGGCGAGAUCCAUCCCCGGAUCGACGGGGAUCUCUCCUCCUUGCAAGGCGCGCAAACGCCCGCGCCGAAGAUAAGUGGAAGAAGUUGGGGCGAUAAAGUGGGAGGGCGGCGGUAAGGAAUCCUAUAAGCUCAUUCCUGCCUUGGCGUCUUGGAAGCCGCGAGGAGGGAAGGUGGGCGGCAAAUGCCGUCCCUCCCCCUCCCCCGGCGCUUGCGGUGGCGAAGGCGGUUCGAUGUUGCUGCUGUUGCAGUUUUUCUGGUCCGAGGCAGAAGCUGCCUGCCGCCCCCAGAACCUCCCACGCGCGGCAGCAGCUCAGAGCCGCUGCCGCCGCCGUUCCAUUGUAAAUCCGGCGGCGUGGGAGGCAAUUCCGUGCCAAAGGCUCAGCGCCGAGGCGCGCAGAGAGAAAGGAGGAGGAGGAGGAGGAGGAAGAAGAAGAAGCAGCCGCGGAGGGGGUGGGGGGCGGACGGAGAAUCUCCGACGGAGGGAGGCAGAAGACCAUCGAAGCUGGACAGGGGUGCCGCGUCGGGAGCCCUGCGCCUCCUGGGUCUGCCUUUCUGCCGGGAGCCAGAAGAAGGUGCGGCCCGCAGCAAGGCUUCCGAGGCCUUGGGUCCAUGCUUGACGGGCACACCGGCCGGACUGCCAAGAAAUCCAGUGGCGCGGCAAUUGGCAAUGGCGUUGUUGCUGCCCCGCACCCUGGGCGAACUUCAGCUCUACCGUGUCCUCCAGAGAGCCAACCUCCUCUCCUACUAUGAGACCUUCAUCCAGCAGGGCGGUGAUGAUGUGCAGCAACUGUGCGAGGCUGGUGAAGAAGAGUUCCUGGAGAUCAUGGCUCUGGUUGGCAUGGCGACCAAGCCACUCCAUGUCCGGCGCCUCCAGAAGGCUCUGCGGGAAUGGGCAACCAAUCCUUGCCUCUUCAACCAGCCGGUGCCCUCCAUACCUGUAAGCAGCAUACCACUCUUCAAGAUCUCCGAGUCCGGAGGCCACAAGUCACUCACCAAUGGACACACCAGUCCAAUAGAGAUCCCUGGCAAAACCAGUGCCACUUCCCCUUCCAAAAGCCCUUCCGAGCCACGAGAGAAGCUGUCCCCCUUGCCCGCCAUGCAGUGGGGGAACCCAGAAUCUGAAGAAGAAGGAGGGGUCACUUCACCCAGCGAGCCCCCGUCGUCCACUGAGCAUCUCGAUCCAGAGCUGGCCCGUGCAGUGUCUGAGGGGGUGGAUCGUUUGCUGCGGAGCUGUCCACGCAGCGGAGAUGUAGAAUUGAAGACUCUCCUGAAGCUGAAUAAGAAGUUGGCUAAAACAGUGGGGCAUAUCUUCCAGAUGGACAACGGGGACCCCCACAAAGAAGAAGAGAUCCGGCGUCACAGUGCCAUCUAUGGGCGGGGUGAGACUCGGCGAUGCGAGGGCAAACAGUUCACCCUUCAUGAGCUCACAAUUAAUGAGGCUGCUGCUCAGUUCUGUCUGCGAGACAAUUCACUGCUGUUGCGUCGUGUGGAAUUGUUCUCACUGUCACGUCAGGUGGCUCGGGAGAGCAGCUAUCUCUCUUCACUGAAAGGUUCUAGGCUGCGUCCAGAUGAAAACUGUGGUGGGCAAGCUAAGCGCUUCAAGCAGGAGGUUACAGAACACAGUCGCCCUGAGCUUCCUUUGGUCUGUGAACCCUUCCUCCCUCCAUACCGAUCCAGUAUAGAAGAAGACACAGCCAGCUUGUCUGGGGAAAGCUUAGAUGGACAUCCUCAAGCUACGGGCUCUUGUCCCCGGCUUACGCCACCCCCCAACACCGCUUCUGAUGCGCUGCUCAGUCUCCCGCCACAUGGGUUAUGGAGCCGUCACAUCCUGCAGCAGACACUGAUGGAUGAAGGGCUGCGAUUGGCCCGGCUGGUGUCCCAUGAGCGAGUGGGACGGCUCAGCCCAUGUUUGCAAGGAAAACCCCAGAUCCCUGAGUUUGGGGAAACUCUUUCUGAGCGACGCCAGCCUCCAGCAGCACAGCCUGAAGCUAGAAGAAACAGCAUUAAGAUGGAACCAGACACCAGCCGGCAGUGAGAAGCAGGGACGGCCUUGCUCAGUCAUUAAGCAAUAAUACUCCAGCCAGCUCUGAGCGUUAGACAGGGGUGGGCUGUCGUCUGCAUCACUCCCAGGGAGGCCUGUGGGACUUCCUCGCAGAAAGCGAGCUGUCAUACUAGCACAACCCACUCUUCACCCUGUUCUCUUCAUGAAACGGAGAGCGUGCUUUGGCUCCCAAACAGAAGAGCCAUGGACCUUUGGACAGCGAAUGACGUAGGAAGGAAGCCUGCCAUCUUAAUUUAACUCCACACAGAAGGGGAUGCCCUGGCUACAGU